UAACUGGCUCUACCCUUUGAUGACUCUGAAUGGACAAUAUAACUAUACAAUUUAUUCAGAGAUUUAAUGAAAUAAAUAUGUCAAAGAAGAGACAAGGGGACAAUUUCUGUCAUUACCAAAUCUCGAGAUGUUUGAACUUGGAAGAUUAGAGCUGUUUUUGCUGUUUACUACAAAUUUAAAAUUAUUUCUUAAUAUAAUGCUAUAAACUAUUCAGUUAGAAGUAAACAAUGCUACAUAAAAUAUUGAAUAUAAGCUCUCAAUCCAAUUUCUUGCCUCCAUUUUCAUAUUCUAUUAUGUAUAGUUUCAACGAGUUCUUCUCGAGACAAAUAAAGAUUCCAAGAUUAGUAUUAAUGCAUUUUCUUUCAUGUCAUAAUCUGAAUUUUUUAGAAUACAGCCAGACAUUUCUUGAUUUUUCUUGUCAGUCAAGUAAUAACCCUGUUAAAAUCUGAGUUCUUUUCUUGUUGGGUGUUUUCAAUGGAAGCUGUAAUGGCCAUUUUAAUACAUUUCUUGAUGUUUCGGAUUGGUGUUACUCUAGCUUCUGAUGGUCUGCUUCUUUCUCCUAAAGGUGUUAACUAUGAAGUGGCGGCAUUGAUGGCUAUGAAGAGAGAAAUGAUUGAUUUGUUUAGGGUUAUGGAUGGUUGGGAUAUAAACUCAGUUGACCCUUGUACUUGGAAUAUGGUUGGUUGUUCUCCAGAAGGCUUUGUCAUUUCUCUUGAAAUGGCAAGUACUGGAUUAUCUGGGACCCUGUCGCCGAGUAUUGGGAACUUGAGUGGUCUAAAGACUAUGCUAUUGCAGAAUAACCGGUUAACGGGUCCCAUCCCGGAAGAGAUAGGAAAGCUUUCAGAACUUCAGACUCUGGACCUUUCUGGUAACCAGUUUGCUGGAAAUAUUCCAAGCUCGUUGGGUUUCUUGACGCAUUUAAGUUACUUGAGGCUCAGCAGAAACAAGUUGUCGGGAAAAAUUCCGAAACUCGUCGCCAACCUUACAGGACUCUCAUUCCUGGAUUUAUCAUUUAACAAUCUGAGUGGUCCUACUCCAAAAAUAUUGGCAAAAGGUUACAGUAUUACAGGGAAUCAUUUUCUUUGUUCUUCAUCAACUGCACAAAUUUGCAUGGGUGUCCCCAAGUUUGAGAAUGAGACGGUCUCAUCUCAUAAAGCCGGGAAUCACCAUCGGUGGGUGGUUUCUGUCGCUAUAGGCGUCAGUUGCGCAUUUGUGAUUUCUGUAAUGUUGCUUGUUUGUUGGUUGCGUUGGUAUAGGUCUCAUCUAUUGUUUACAUCAUACGUGCAGCAAGAUUUUGAGUUUGAGAUUGGUCAUCUGAAGAGGUUCUCAUUUCGUGAAUUGCAACUUGCAACCGGAAACUUCAGCGCUAAAAGCAUCUUAGGUCAAGGCGGAUUUGGGGUGGUUUAUAAGGGAUGUCUUCCGAAUAAAACACUGGUGGCUGUUAAGCGGCUGAAAGAUCCGAAUUAUACCGGAGAAGUGCAGUUCCAAACUGAAGUUGAAAUGAUCGGAUUGGCUUUGCAUCGAAACCUCUUACGUUUAUAUGGCUUCUGUUUGACACCUAAUGAGAGGAUGCUUGUGUAUCCCUAUAUGCCAAAUGGGAGCGUUGCUGAUCGCUUGAGAGAGACUUGUCAAGAAAAGCCAUCAUUGGAUUGGAAUCGACGAAUUCGUAUAUCCAUUGGAGCUGCGCGUGGACUUGUAUACUUACACGAACAAAGUAAUCCAAAAAUAAUACACAGGGAUGUGAAAGCAGCAAAUAUUUUACUCGACGAAAGUUUCGAGGGUGUAGUCGGAGAUUUCGGCCUAGCAAAGUUGCUAGAUCGUAGAGAUUCACAUGUCACAACAGCAGUGCGAGGAACUGUGGGACACAUUGCACCUGAGUAUCUUUCAACCGGGCAAUCCUCGGAAAAAACAGACGUGUUUGGAUUCGGCAUUCUUCUUUUGGAACUCAUAACCGGGCAAAAAGCCUUAGAUGCCGGAAAUGGUCAGGUUCAAAAAGGGAUGAUUCUUGACUGGGUUAGAACAUUGCAUGAAGAGAAGAGAUUGGAUGUUCUGGUAGACAGGGAUUUAAAGGGAUGCUUGGAUGCAUUAGAGCUCGAAACGAUGGUGGAGUUGAGUUUACGAUGUACUCUGUCGAAUCCUAGUCUCCGUCCGAAGAUGUCGGAGGUCUUAAAAGUAUUGGAAGGACUUGUUGGGCAGUUAGGAGCAGAGGAAACACAGGGUUGUAGUAAUUAUGAAACAAGGGCUUGCAGUUUCUCAAGGCAUUACAGUGAUGUUCAACAAGAAUCAUCAUUCAUCAUCGAAGCUAUGGAACUUUCAGGUCCUCGAUGAGCUAUGUUGAAACGAAAAAUGAUGAAACGAUAAACAGCGAAAAAUUAAUUUUAUAAGAAUAUGUUAUAGAAAUGAAGUUUCAGAAUUUUAGAA